UGACUUAACCUGAACAAGAAUCAGUGUGUGUAUAUGAAGAAAAGUUGUCUGUUUGUGUGUGUGUUUGUGUAGUUGUGUGGAAACUCUUGCAAUGAAGUCUUUACUCUUCAUCCUCUUCCUUGUCAAAUGUUUUCCGGGUUCACAUGCUGUGGACAAGAUACAGGAGUUCUUCAUUGGUGCAGUGGGGACCAGCUGGGACUAUCUGAAUGCUGGUGGUGUGGAUCCAGUUGCUAAUCAGAGGGGAUCCAGUAAUCAGAAAUAUGUCAAGGCCGUGUACACUGAAUUUACAGACUCCACUUUUAGCACCCCAAAAAUAAAACCUCCCUGGGCAGGAAUUCAAGGUCCCACAAUCAGAGCUGAAGUGAACGACCGCGUGGUGGUCCACUUCAAAAAUUUCGUCUUUUUUCCUCUCAGCAUUUCCCCAAUCGGCAUCCCCUACUGGAAACAAUCUGAAGGUGCUGGUUAUGAGGACUCUACAUCUGCCAAGGAGCAAGAGGAUGAUGCAGUACAACCUGGCGGAUAUUAUAAGUACAUUUGGGACAUUCAUCCUAACAGUGGGCCAACCAUCACAGACCCAGAGUGCCUCCCUUACUCCUACUCAUCGCAGGUAGACAUUGUGCGAGACUACAAUUCUGGACUCAUCGGUGCUUUCCUGAUCUGCAAACCAGGUGCACUAACAGAGGACCGUCAACGCAAGGUGCCAGAGUUUGUGCUGCUGUUUGCCUUGUUUGAUGAAAGUAAGAGUUGGUAUAGAGACAGGAGCCGAGCAGAUAAACUGUGGAAAUCACCAGCUCAUCCACAGUUUCACACCAUCAAUGGAUACGUCAACUCCACACUGAAAGGACUGAAGACAUGCCAGCAAAGUCCAGAAGUUUCCUGGCAUCUUAUUGGCCUAGGCUCCACUCCAGACAUCCACACAAUUCAGUUCCAGGAUCAUACUUUAAAAGUAAUGAACCACAGACUGGUUACUGUGGAGAUGACCCCUAUGACCUUUACCACUGCCCUGCUCAAGCCAAAUGCCAAAGGAAAGUUUCUAAUUUCCUGUAGGAUCCAUUCACACCGGCAAGCUGGUAUGAGUGCCUUCUUCACUGUGGAGAACUGCCCUGAGUCCAAUGAACUGCCUGAAAUGCAAAAUGCAGAUCACAUUUACAGUGUUGAGGAGGGGGACGAAGACUACUCAGUGGAUAAUCUUUUUUCUGUUCUGUUCCGACCUGGUGGACCCCCAUCAAUUUUGAGAUCUGGUGGGAGACGACCAAAAGUCUGGGUUCAUUACAUCAGUGCCGAGGAGGUCAUGUGGGACUACAACCCUCAGAGUGAACGAUCUUCAAAGUCCAAUCCUUCAGUCCAACAAACGCAGAGCUUGGGUAAAGUCUAUAAGAAAGUGGCUUAUGUUGAGUACACAGACAGAACAUUCACAAAGAAGAAGAGCCAGAGCAAUGCACUGAUUGGACCAGAGCUUAGGGGAGAAGUGAAUGACCAGUUUCAGAUUGUUUUUAAAAAUAUGGCUAAUCGACCUUAUAACAUCUUUCCAAAUGGACUUGCCAGCGUGCAGCCAGUAAAGAACAGAGAGAAGCAAGUGGACCUGCGGUCCCUGGCUGUCCCACCAGGUGAGAUUAUGAUGUACCUAUGGAAGGUGACAGCAGAUGAUGCACCCACCGAGGCCGACCCCCGCUGUCUGACCCGACUGUAUCACAGCACCUUGGAUCCAGAGCGAGAUUUGGCAUCCGGCCUGGUAGGGCCCCUUAUCAUCUGCAAAUCAGAGACUUUGGACAAGCGAGGGAAAGUGUUAUCAUCUGACAGAGAAAAACACCUCAUUUUCUCCAUCUUUGAUGAAAACAAAAGCUGGUAUGCUGAGGAGAAUUUUAAGAAGUUUAGCGAAACUCAUUCCAAGAUUGAUCUCAAUGAUCCUCGUUUUUACAGCUCUAAUGUCAUGCACAGUGUAAAUGGUUUUAUGCAUAACAGUCUGCAAUUUAAGAUGUGUGUUGGUGAUGUUAUGCUCUGGCACGUGGCCAAUGUGGGAAUGCAGAGUGAUUUCCUGUCAGUGUAUUUCACUGGAAACCCAUUCGAAAAGGACAGAACAUAUGGCACAGUCCUUACGCUUUUCCCAAUGAUGGGUGACACUGUAACCACUGAGAUGGAAACUGAAGGUGAAUGGGAGAUUGGUGCCUUCGACCCAACUCUCAAAGCACAAGGGAUGAGCGUACGGUACUCUGUGUUCAACUGUGAACAAGAGCUCCCCCUGGUGGACACAGACGACUAUGAUGACUUGGAGGAUCACUUCCCAAUCCCACGGGGCUUCAGGAAGAGGAACCGAACUGUAGCUAUCCAGAUUUGCCAGAAAGUGUCAGGCAACACAAGCCAAACAAAGCAGCAAAACAUUACAAAGAUGCCCCUAGAGAAAAAGGAGGAGAGGGACACCUUGGUAUGCAAGAGAAAACUUGUUCCAGUGGAUGAAGCCGAGGAUCUGGAUUUUCUCUCCCAGGGAGGAAUUCCGCAGGAUAUUCUGGAUCAACUCAACAUUGAGAUGAGUUCAUCAAAACGCCAGAAGAGACUUGUGUUUGUAGAGAAUGAUACAGAAACAAUGAUUGAUCAACCUUCUUCUCAUUCCCUCAGAACUGACCCAGAAUCUAUGAGUCUGAAAGGGACAAAAUUAGAGGAGGUGUUUAAGAUGGAUGACAAUAAAACAGUGAGAUACCAGGUCACAAGUAAAACAGAAACAUCAAAUGUAGAUAAGAGUCCAUCUGGUGACCUGUUUAAGAAGUUCAUUCAGAAAUUAGGACUGAACACAACCUCUGAUUUAACAGAGAGAACUCAGAGAGAUCUAUGGGAAAAGAAUAUAGCUCAGGCCCCAAAACCAAAUGGUGCAGUGAGUGACAACGAAAUUCUGAAAGAUUCAGGUCUAGAGCUGGACAAGCUGAUAGAAAGCCUAGAUCCUCUUAAAUAUGCCAACAAAGAUGGACAACAACUAGAUCUGAGCUCUCAGUACUUGCCAUCAAACUCUUCACAGAACAAGACCAACCUGAAUAACCUUCCAUCCUUGGAGUAUGACGAUUACGAAGCCGAUGAGAACAAAACCACUCUUAGCUUCGACUCUACUGAUGAGAUUGAUAUCAGGUCCAGCGAAUCAAAAUUCCGUAGUUAUUACAUUGCAGCAGAGGAAAUCAUGUGGGAUUAUGGAAUUGACAAACCUGCCCAACUCAUCAGUGCUAGGGAGACGAGCAGGGGAAUGAGAAAAUAUUUCCCAGCCUACAAGAAAGUUGUGUACAGAGCAUAUCAUGACAUAGAUUUCAAGAAUCCUGUGAAACGUGGAGAGCUCGAUGAACAUCUAGGGAUUAUGGGUCCUGUGCUUAAGGUGGAGGUUAAUGAUGUGCUUACUGUAGUUUUUAGGAACACUGCAUCCAGACCAUACUCCCUGCACCUACACGGUGUGUAUGACAGGACCAUGGCGAGCUCUGCACCACAGGGGGUGACUCUAAAGGAGAACGAGGGACCAGGUGACCCAGUGCCUCCUGGCGAAGAGAGAAUCUACAACUGGAGAAUCACUAAACGACAAGGACCAUCAUCCAAAGACUUUGACUGCAAGGCUGGGGCCUAUUACUCUACAGUGAAUAUGGAGAAGGACAUAAACUCUGGUCUAAUUGGGCCGUUACUCAUCUGUCGUCCUGGGACACUUAAGCCACGCACCCUCCUGCAACCAGGAGUGCAGGAUUUAUUCCUACUGUUCACCAUUUUUGACGAGAAGAAAAGCUGGUAUCUGGAGCACAAUAUCAAGGAGUUCUGUUCACCACCAUGCCAGGCCAAAGUAGAUGAUCCCUGGUUUGAGAGCACCAACAGAUUUGCUGCCAUAAAUGGAUAUGUUGCUGAUACUCUACCUGGCCUUGUGGUGGCACAACACCAGACAUCUCGCUGGCACCUGUUAAAUGUGGGCAGUGGUGGAGAGUAUCAUGCUGUCCACUUCCAUGGAAUGCCAUUUAGUGUUGGGAAAGACCAGGAACACCGUCUGGGCAUCUAUAAACUUUUUCCAGGUGUAUUUGGAAGCAUUGAAAUAAGACCUGGAAUUGUGGGCACCUGGCUGGUGGAGUGUACCAUCGGAGAUCACCAGCUCUCUGGAAUGAGAGCCAAACUUCUUGUUUAUAAACCAUAUUGUACUGAGCCUUUGGGAAUGCAGUCCAGAUGGAUAGCUGAUGAGCAACUCACUGAAUCUGAUCACUAUGAUAACUGGGGGGCAGGAUUUGCCCGAUUACACUUAUCUGGAUCAGUUAAUGCUUGGAUUGGCAACAAUGAGACUUCCUGGAUCCAGGUGGACUUGUUACGGCCCAUGGUGGUCCAUGGGAUCCAGACGCAGGGUGCGAAAAAGUCCUUUGGCCUGAAAGACAUGUACACAGUGAUCUUCACCAUCAGCUAUAGCCUGGACCAGAAAACGUGGAAGACAUACAAAGGAAACAGCAGCGAGUCUGUAUAUAAAUUUAACGGAAACCUGGAUGGCUCCAAGGUAAAAGAAAACUUCAUCUCUCCUCCAAUCAUUGGUCGCUACAUUCGCAUUCAUCCAUCCACUUACGUCGUCAAGCCCACUCUGAGGUUUGAACUGCUGGGCUGUGACCUCAACAGUUGCACAAUGCCAUUAGGAAUGCAGAGAAGAAUAAUUCCCGACAAUCAGAUUAGCGCUUCUACUUUCCGGCAAAGCUGGAGAAACUCAUGGAACCCACACCUUGCCCGUCUUAACCAAGAAGGCAGCGCCAACGCAUGGAGACCCAAGACUAAUAACCCUUUCGAGUGGCUGCAGGUGGACUUCAAGGUGGUGAAGAGAGUGACUGGUAUAAUCACACAGGGAGCCAAAUCCCUUUUCACAAGCAUGAUGGUGAGCGAGUUCUUGGUCUCUGUUAGUGAUGACGGCCACAGCUGGUUCACAGUAAUCGAACCGGGGACUCAGGAUGAGAAGAUCUUUGAAGGGAACAACGAGCACGGUGAGGAGAAGCUAAACAUCGUCGAGCCUCCGCUGUUCACCCGAUUCAUCCGCAUCCACCCAAAAGGCUGGGUUAAUGAAAUUGCACUGAGGGUGGAGUUCCUGGGAUGUGAUACACAACAGAGGCUCUGAGAGAAUGUGUGUGUGUGUAUGUAUGAAAUAUGUAGAUUUGAGAAGAAGAGUGUGAGAGAAAUAGAAUGUGUGAAAAAAAAACUGGUCGUUGACACUGAAUGUAAAUUUUUUUUAUUAUUAUUAAUAUCAUUAUGAUUUAUUUUCUUCACUCAAAUCUUUUGAUGCUGUAAAUGGAUUUUUGAUUGGUCAGGAUCUGUUCAGAGAAAUAUAUUCAUGUAUGUAUUUAAACAUUAUAUUUAUACAUUAUGUCCAUUUGUAGCUUUCAUCCCAUAGCUCACUCAGUAUAUGUAGAGUUAAUGACUGCAGCCCAUUUGCAAUGUGUAACUGUAAGCCCAUGUGUUUAUGUACACUUACUACACCCUCCUACUUUGUUGGUUCAGCUUGUAGGUGUACAGUUAGAGACCAUACUUUAUCGUUUUCCAUGCACAGUCUGUGUUAACCCUUUAUCUUUGUCAGUUUAUGACCACAGCACUGCUGCUGUACCUGAUAACACUCGCACCAGCACAACACACACUGUUACCACGGUAUCCUCACUGCUGUACAGAGUGAGCUGGGUCCACCUAAUAAUAUCUGUGGUCUUUUGGUAGUCCUUUAACUAAAGAUGGUAGCAAUGGGCUAAAACUUUUGCAGUCAUUGUGCGUUGUGUGAUCCAGAAAAGUCAAUUCAGUAUACACAGUAUACCAGAUACUAGAAAAUGUAUGUCCUUUUAUUGUUCUUUUAUAUGAAUGUGUUCUUUCUGUCUUUGGUUACGUUUUUUAUUAUUGAGAAACUAUUCAAUAGGCAUAGAUCAAACUUACUUGUUCUUUGUCAGAUAUGCUGCUCAUUUAAGGCUUUUAAACAAGAGGAGGUUCAAAUAUUAGCUAUUCAUUUAUUUUUAUGUCACACAACAUAUCAUGUCAUAAGUAAUCAAGACAUUAUUAACACUACUGAGGUUUUACUCUGAAUGUAGAUUUGUACUGUGAAAGGAUUCAAAAGAGUUGUGAUUUAAAAUGAAAUAAAAGUAUUUAUGGAUGAAA